AUGCCAACGCGCCGCCGAGGAGGAGCGGAGCGGAGCCGGCUCGGGGCUCACGGGCGCGGCAUGGCUGCGGGAGGCCGGGCGGGAGGCGCGCUCGCAGCUGCUGCAGCGGCCGAGCCGGCGCGGGGACCCGCGCGCCCACCGCCGGGCCCCGGGCAGUGCCACCCGCGGCCGCCGCCUCACCACCCGUGCGGGGUCUCGCCGACCCCCAUGACCAGGCUGGCGGGCACCUCCCGGCAAGACACUGCACCCUGGAGCAGAGGCUUCGUCCAGCUCCCGAUCACACCCCUGGGGCGGCGGGGGGGGCGGCGGGGGGGGGCGAGGAAGAUCCGCUCCGCGGGGGCCGGGCGAGGAGAGGACGCUCACGAGAGCCCGAGCAAGCGGAGCUGCGCUCCACGCCGGGGAAGUUUCCCGUUGGAGCCGUCUGGAGUUGUAAUGUGUAUUGCAGAAAAUUUUCAAGAGCAAAUAUGUAAAAGAGAAGAAACUAAAAUUACCAGUUACCACAAUUACUCUAAGAUAAAAAUUGCUUUCAACUUCCUUUUGCCAACAGGUCCAACAGAGAUUGAUCUUGAUGUACCUGGACUCUGGAAAGCGGUGGUGGAGGCUGGGCCUGGAUUGCAUUAUAGUAAAGGCAACCUGAGAUGACUCUGGGGUAUGGGGAACUUGGGGGAAGCAAUGAUCAAAUAGGGUUUCAUUUACACCUUUGCUUGUAAUUUAGAUGUCUUGUCUAGAUUAAAGCCAUUAGUGGGCACAAAUGGAGAAAAUGUGUUUGAGUGUGAUAUGGUUUGAAUUUCUAAUAUCUAACUCUGAAUCAAAACCAGAGACAAGAGUAAUAUGGACAUACAGAAGAAGCCAGAGAGAAUCAAGACUGUUUGGUUAAGGGUUGUAUCUGAUUUCAUGAUAAAGGGGAAGUUAGGACACAUAAUAGAAAUCACUAUAUAUUAUUUAUGUAUAGUCAGGGUGCUAUAUUAAAUUUAUAAUGAAUUUUCUAUGGUUCUCGCCAUAGAGUAUGGAUUCAGUCAUUUUCAAGACACAUUUGGUAAUUUCCAUAAAUUCCCAUGGUAAUGAACCCCUUCAGGUACUGUUAAACACAAGCUGUCUGAACUGGGGUGGAUUACAUCAGACUAGAGUCAAUAGUCUGUAAAUGGUCCUUCUUCUCAGAAUUCUGUCUCAGUGAGACCUGUUUUUAUAAUGAAAUGGAAACCUCCUUCCCCCAGAAUUUCUUGUAAGAAGAAUUUCAUUUUUAUUGAAUUGAUUGGGGUGACAUUGGUUAAUAAAAUUAUAUAGGUUUCAGAUGUACAAUUCUAUCAUAUGUCAUUGGUAUAUUGUAUUGUGGAUAUACACC